AUUAUGGAUUAUGCUCAACAGGAAAGUGAAUUCCAAGCUGGUAUACCACCACGCCUUGUAUCUGUAUUUUAUUCGGUGUUCGAUCCGGAUAUAGGACCUAAAGUAGUUUUUGAAGUACCAGAAGGUUCCAUUAAACCUAAAAUAGCUUCUGAAGUACCAGAAGGCACCAUUAAACCUACAGCUUCGUCAACGCCCAUAAUUGACUUUCAUUCAAUUUCCAAAUACAUCGUUCCAACACCACCAUUAUGCGGCCAUUUGGUAAAUAUUUGUGCGAAUUCUUAUCAAGUCAUGGGAUAUCCAGUUGGAAUAUGGGGAAACCGCUACCCUAGGAAUAAUUUCAUGUUUAACUUGAGUUUUGUCUUUGAUCGCGGUGCUGACACUUCAAGCUAUGAACCUGUUCUUUUCGAAGAUCUUAACAGUUAUUGCGAAUGUCAAAUACCCAUUAUAUACGAUUAUCAAGUUCCCAUUUGCACUGUUAACCUUAAGGCGUUAAUGGAUGGCAAUUGGGAUAUCACAAUGGAAAAGGUGGCGAAAUCCAUAAAUGGCAUUCAUCAUGUUAAAAAGAUUGCCGAAUUGGCCGACGUUGAUUAUGGAUUGGCUCGAAAGUGCAUGGAACAUCUUUUGUAG